UAUCGACCAAGUAUUAUAUUCCUGAGGUUCCUAGGGUUAGAAACCCAAUAGGCAGACGCCACUCGAGAUGGGGGCUAACAACAGCAAAGCCGCAGGCUAUGGUGCCAAUGCUGCAAAGAGACACGAAGAUGAUGAACCGCAGAAACAGAACAAGGUGGAAGAUGCCGAUCUCUAUUACGUGACUCCGGCCUCCAUUGGCGUAGGCAAUAUUUACGACCGAAUGACGAAGCUUAUCCCAAGAAACACCGCCAUCCCUACAACCCAAAAGUUCGAGACGGUCUUCAGCACGUCCUACGACAACCAACAAGUUGUAAACUUGAAGGUCUACCUCGGCGAAAGAAGCAAGGCGAGCCAAAACAAGCUCCUCGCCCAACUCGAAUUCCCCAACCUCCCUGCUGCUCCCAAAGGCGUCGAGAAGGUCACGCUCAGCCUCGACAUCGACGCGAGAGGCGCCCUAAACGUACGUAUCGAGCACCAAGCCACCGGACGGAAUCUGAAGCUGGUGGUGGAAGGCGUCGGGGUGAAGGGCAAGCUGAUGGUGACGGAUGAAGAGGUGGAGAAGAUGGUUCGAGAAGGAGAAGAGCACAAGCUGGAGGACGAAGAGUACGCCGGCAGGGCUGUCGCGGCGAGUGCAAUGUUGUAUUAUGCAUGCGCCAUGACGACGAGAGGAGAUCAUCAGACGAUAGAGGGAAGUGAAGGUUCCACGAAGCUGGUCUCCGUGGCUGACAGAACCAAGGUGAAUGAUAUAUUGAACAACGUCGUCGCGAAGAUGUUGGACGAGUUUAAAGAGAAGGUGAAGGAGUUGGAGCGUUAAGGGGGACAAGAACAAGAUGUUUCGAACUAGCUUAAGUUUUUUUUCUUCUUCUUCUUUUAUUCCCUUGUUAUGAUCAAUCAUAGGUGAAUGAGUUUGGAGUUCUCAACAUUUUCUUUUGUAAGACUUUUGUUUAUUUUUUAUUUGCUUCCUAGCAUUGAUCACUUUUCUGGAUGUUUUCAAUUGAUUUAAAUUGUUUUUUACCGUAUGAAACAAUCUCUUGUUUCUAUAUAUAUUCUCUUUGUCAUUUUGAUAAUGGUGAAAUACUUUUGUUUAUUAAAGGAAAGUAAAGAGAAAACUAUAGAACAAUUCGACUUGACACGUACAAAAUCAACCUUUAUUAUACACACCCUAAUUUUAGUUCUCAAUUAACUAUUAUACCUAAAAGUAUAGAAUCAACGAAAAUAAUAAAGUAAAGAAAAAUCC